UUCUCCUUGAUCUUCCCGCUGUCUGUUCAUCCUCCUCUCUGUGACAUGGUUCUAGCUUGGUGUGCACGCGCUUUCUUGGAUUUGGCCAUGAUCUCCCUCUUUGUGGGUGUGGGUAUCCUCUCGGGUCGUGUUCUUCCUUUAUAUGUUAUGCUUUGUGUAGAUCUAUGCAUCUGCAACACAAUCAGCACCCCCCUCUCUUCUCCAUAGGCUUUAAGGUGAAGGUGAGCCCCCGGCCUGCGGCUUUAAUCCUCUGUCUGCUGCCCUCCCCUUUUGAUCCAUGAAAGCACGCACCAUCACCUUUCUUUCCCCCUCUUUCUAAUCCCCCUUUCCUCACCAUCAUCCUUUUUAUCCCCUCCUCACCUCCCCCUUCCUUUCUCAUGGCUUUUCUUCUCUCUCUUGCCUCGCAUCAAAAGAGGAGAGCAGCAGCCAUGUCCUGGUGAUGUGUGGCAGCAGUACUACAACCCUACAACAGCACAAGCAAAGUUGUGUUUUUUGUGUGUGGUGGUGUGUUUCUCUUUCAUCUUUUCUUCUUCCCCGGCCCUUAUCACCUUUUCCUUUGCCUUUCCUGCUGCUGCCUCUAAUCUCCCUUUGUAUCCUUUUGCUUGGUUCCUAGUUGCACCGUAGAGAUUCUUGACACCCCCACCCCCACAGCUAGCCUCCCCACCUCCACCUCUGCUGCAUGCUCGCUCACCACAUGUUAUCUUCCUGCGGUUUGUUCUUGCUUGCUCUAGGGGCUAGGGCUGGUGAAGCCCAUGGAGGAGAUGCUGAUGGGAGCACCAAGCGCGAACCAGCAGGUGCAAGGGUCAAAUCCGAAUCCACCGGCGCAGGCCCCGUCGUCGGCGCCUGGGACUGGGGGGCCCAUGAGGGGCGGGACGCCGGCCAUGGCAGUGGCAGGCUCCGGAGCUGGGGCUGGUAGCACGGAGCGGCGGCCGCGGCCGCAGAAGGAGAAGGCGAUCAACUGCCCGCGGUGCAACUCCACCAACACCAAGUUCUGCUACUACAACAACUACAGCCUCCAGCAGCCGCGCUACUUCUGCAAGACGUGCCGCCGGUACUGGACGGAAGGCGGGUCGCUGCGCAACGUCCCCGUCGGCGGCGGAUCCCGCAAGAACAAGCGCUCUUCGUCGUCGUCCGCAUCCGCCUCCGCUUCAGCGGCCGCCUCGGCGACUGCGUCCGUCGCGAACUCGUCCAUGGUCGGGGCGGCGCCGAAUAAGAACCCGAAGCUGGCGCACGAGGGCGCAGCGCACGACCUGAACCUCGCCUUCCCGCACCACCAAGGCGGGAUGCAGGCGGAUUACAUGGCGUUCCCGAGCCUGGAGAGCAGCAGCAUGUGCAACCCCGGCGGCGGGGCAAUGGCGGGCAAUGGCGCCCGGGCCGGUGGCGCGCUCUCCGCGAUGGAGCUGCUCCGGAGCACUGGCUGCUAUAUGCCGCUGCAGAUGCCGAUGCAGAUGCCCGGGGAGUACGGCGCCGCGGGGUUCUCGCUCGGGGAGUUCCGCGCGCCGGCGCCACCGCAGUCGCAGAGCUUGCUAGGCUUCUCGCUGGACGCGCACGGUCCGGUGGGCGGGGCUUCCACGGCGGGGUACGGCUCCAGUGCCGCGAUGCAAGGGCUGCAGGACAGGUCGGGAAGGUUGCUGUUCGCGUUCGAGGACUUGAAGCCGACGGCAAACUCUGGCGCCGGUGGCGGUGAGAGCGGCGGUGGUUCUGGCGCGGGCGUGGAUGGCGGCGACCAUCAGUUCGAGCAAGGCAACAAGGAGCAACAAGGCAAUGGCACCCCCGUUGGGCAGCCCGACACGCCGGGGUUCUGGAACGGCAUGAUCGGCGGCGGCGGCACCUGGUAACAUGGACGGCGGCGCCCAUGCAUGCAUAGCUCAUGCGAUCGGAGCGUCGGCUGUGCGUGCAUGCAUGCGCUUCCAAGCUGCAGCUGGAGAUAGGGCACAAAGGUUUAAUAAGAUGGUGGAUAUGGUGUUUGAUAUCUUUCUUUCUUUCUUUCUUUCUUUCUGGUGUUCUUCUCUUCUUCUUCUUCCUCGGAAUUGUGCUCUAGCCGUUCAUUUGUGUUUGGUGAUCGACUUGGGGCUAGCUAGCUCUAACACAUCAGACUAUCAGAGUACACAACAUUUUAAUCUCUGUUCAUCGGUGCCAUGGAUGGUGCUAUAUGCUA